GAUCCCACAGCAUCCCGGGGACAUGGGGGCCCUGGUGAGUACGCGCCGCCGGGGAGGCUCCCCGCGCCGGUUCGCCCCGGACCCCGCUCGCCGGACGUCGAGGAGGGGCCGCGGGAUCCGCCCGGGCAGGGCAGGGCCGGGCAGGGAUGCGGCCGCGGCGGAGGCGACGGCGCGGGCCGCUCACAGGCACUCGCAGCCCGCGGCGCAGCAGCCCGGCCGGCACACGCACACGCGCACGCCGCACGCGCCCCCGCGGCGGGCUCCGGGGGCGGCACGGGGGGCGCGGGGGGCACGGGGGGCGCGGGGCGGCGGCGGCGGCGGCGGCGCGGGGCGCGCGGGGCGCGGGGCGGGGCCGCGGGGCGCGCGGGGGCCGGUGUGCUCGGCGCCCAUCCUCGGGCGCGGAGCGGCUGAGCGGCCUGUCCCGCAGGUCCGGACGCUGGCGGCCGGCGCGCUGCUGGCGAUGCUGCUGUGGCCGGGCCGGGCGGGCGCCCCGAGGAGCGGCCGGCGGCCGGCGCGGGGCUGCGCGGACCGGCCCGAGGAGCUCCUGGAGCAGCUGUACGGGCGCCUGGCGGCCGGCGUGCUCGGCGCCUUCCAGCACACGCUGCAGCCCGGCCCGCGCGAGCAGGCGCGCAACGCCAGCUGCCCGGGGGGCCGGCCCGACCGCCGCUUCCGGCCGCCCACCCCGCUCCGCAGCGUGUCGCCCUGGGCCUACAGGCUGUCCUACGACCCCACCCGCUACCCUCGGCUCCUGCCGGAGGCCUACUGCCUGUGCCGCGGCUGCCUGACGGGGCCGCGCGGGGAGGAGGACCUCAGCCUGCGCAGCGCGCCCGUGCUGCUGCCCACGGUGGUGCUGCGCCGCACGGCGGGCUGCGCGGGCGGCCGCUCCGUCUACGCGGAGGAGUACGUGGCGGUGCCCGUGGGCUGCACCUGCGUCCCCGCGCCCGACCGCGACGCGCCAGCGCCAGAAGCGGACCGCGGCGGGAGAGCGCGGCACCAGGAGCCCGGCCGCGAGGAGUGGGACCGGGGCCUCCGCAGGCCUUUCCGCGCAGGAGCCGGACAGUGACCUGGGCCGGCCUUCCCGGGCCGCAGGGGGCCCUCUCCGCCGGCUUCUGUAGGCGGAGUCGGUGCCCCAUGGGCCUGGAAGGAGUUGGCCUCAGCAGGGAGCGGCCGCCCCUGAGGCUCCGGACCCGCCCACCGCCCACCGCUGCCAGGACAAGCAGGCCACACGUAGGUGAUAGAUGAGUUUCAUACUUUUUAUAAGCAUAUAAAGCUACUUAUUUUCAAUAGGGGCAGAAACUAUUUUUAUAUUAGUGACUUAAUAUUAAAACUUUUACUUGCAUGUUUUAUUAACCUUGUUUUCACUUCUGCUAGCUUGUAGCACAGUUGGAAUCCUCAGAUAAACUAUAACGGGUGCUAUGUCCCUAGUCUCUGCAGCCAGCCUGCCCCCAUUGCUGGCACCACCAGAUGGACAGGGUUGAACCCGACAUGCCCAACGGGCAGGCCUCAGUCUCCAGGAGCUGCUCCUGGGAUAAAAGGGAAGUAUCAUCGGCUCAGGCACUCUAGAGCCAUCCCAGAAAUCCUAAACUUGGGCGUCCUUACUAGCAUACCAAUGGCUGCAGGCUCACUGAAUUAAAAUUUCUUUUUCACUUUUCAAAGUCAGUGGGCCAAUUUGUAGGUGACAGGUGGAACAUGACUUCUUUGCCAACUCCCAGGAACCUAACUUGGCUGUUUGAAGGGCCAAGUCACAUGUGAGGGGGAAAUGAGCUUACAAUUUCCAGAAAGCAGUACUGAGCCUCUUUUUCUGUAUGUUGCAGUGUGAGCUGAGCCCUUACUUCUUUAGCCUGGAAGUCUGUCCCUGAACAUGACGACUUGCCAGGAGGUACUUUUUAAACCUUUAGAACGGUUGCUGGUGUAGGUAUAUUGCUUGUGUGUAUUUUUUCUCAUCAGCUCAACUUUGUUUCAGAGGAAACAAUACGUUUAUUAAAGUCUUUAUCUUAAUUUUA